GGGGUGGGGGUCGCCGCCAUACCCAGGCCGAAUGGGGCUGGGAAAAGAACUUGACAGAGCUCGGCCGCAUGAUCUGCGCCCUCGUGGAAGGACAGCAGAAGAGACCCGCUUCACCCGCUCUCUCCCCAGCCUGGGGUCUCGGGAAACUCGCGGUGUCACUAGUUAAAGGCAUCUGCUGAGAGAUUUGGAACAGAAGAAGGUGGCCCCUCUGAACCAGACCAGCUGUAAUACAGACUGACCAGCAGCCAUGGAGGAGGCCAAGGCCUCUGACUCUCCUAAGAGCCCAGAAACACCCCCUGAACCUCAUGACCCUGCUGGUUCCCUGCCCCUGACACCCCGGAUGGAGAGCCACUCAGAGGAGGAAGAUCCUUCCGGGGCUGGCGGUGGCCUGGGCUGCAAUAGCAGGGGUCCCCGCACCCAGAACCCCCGGAGCUACUCCGUGGAGGCGGUGCUGGGCCGCAAGAAGCACCGCCGGCGGCCCUCCAAGCGCAAGCGGCACUGGCGGCCCUACCUGGAGCUGAGCUGGGAUGAGAAGCAACAGCGGGACGAGAGGCAGAGCCAGAGGGCCUCCCGGCUCCGAGAGGAGAUGUUCGCCAAGGGCCAAGCCGUGGCGCCCUACAACACCACCCAGUUCCUGAUGAACGACCGAAACCCCGAGGAGCCUGACCUGGAUGUGCCCCAGGGGGCCUCCCACCCAGGCUCCAGUGAAGAGAGCGAGGCCGAGGACAGUGGCGGGCCGGUCCAAGCUCCUGGCGAGUUCCAGCAGAGGGACUUCUCGGAGACCUAUGAGCGCUUCCACACGGAGAGCCUGCAGGGCCGCAGCAAGCAGGAGCUGGUGCAAGACUACCUGGAUCUGGAGCGGAGGCUGUCGCUGGCGGAGGAGGAGACCAGGAGGCUGCAGCAGCUGCAGGGGCGCGCCAGCCGCCAGUCCUGUCGCCAGGUGGAGGAACUGGCUGCUGAGGUGGAGAGGCUCCGGACAGAGAACCAGCGGCUUCGGCAGGAGAAUGAGAUGUGGAAUCAAGAGGGCAGCCUUGGCAACGGGGAGCCAGGCACCUAGGGGUGCCCCCUUACCAGUUUAGCCCAAGGAGACAGUUGCAUUUCAUACACAUGUAGGCCCGCUGGGUCUCAAGGUGGCAGGUGGUGGAUGAAAAUCACUCCCAGCACCCCCCGUGUCCCCUGAGAACAGCUUGACUUCCACCUUGUCGUUUCCACAAUUUGUUCUUUGAUGGCAUUUUUUUUUUUUUUUUUUCAUUU